AUGGAAGCGGGACAGUUUGACGAUGCUCCAGACCAAGGAUUGGUCGAGCGGCAGCAGCAGCAACACCUUCAAGCUGCACAGGACGAAGACACGGCGCAAUCGCAACAGCAACGUCGUCAAGAGAUCUCCGACUUGCUAAGGCCUGCUUCGGACGCCGAAGAUAGCGAGGCAGAUGAUGUGGACGCUGUUGUCCAAGAAGAGGAGGAAGACGAUUAUGAUGACGACGACGCUACUGGAUACGGUGCGGUCGAAGAUGCUGACUGGGAGCUGGCCCGCGGCGACUUUACAAAGCAGUUCAAUCGUUCGCGCCAGCUUGCUAAUGCGAUCAACGCCUCCAGCUUUCCAGCUUCUGCUUCUACAUCCAAAUCCGCCGCAGGUACCACAACGAGUGCCACUCCUCUCCCCGCGAUGAACCGACGUCGCCGACCCGCAGCACCCACAGCAGCAUCCUCCAGCAAGCAAUCCGCAGUAUCCCUUACCGCAUCCGCCGCAGGCCCUUCUACCAGCCAAACACGCACCGCAUCGCAGAUGGAAUCCCUCUCCAAAUUCGCCUCCCGCGUCCGUGUCGAAGACAUGUACGACCCCUCCUCCGCCAUCGGCGGAGGCGUCAACUCCACCGUCCCCCGCAAAGCGCUCGGUGGGCGAGACGCCGUUCGUAUCAAGGACAAAGCCGACCGCGCCACCGUUGAGGGCGUGCUCGAUCCACGCACCAUGGUCAUCCUCUACAAGAUGGUCAACCGCGGGCUGCUCGAAUCGGUCAACGGUUGUGUUAGCACAGGAAAGGAGGCCAAUGUGUAUCACGCCACCACAGCCGCUGCUUCCGAUGAAGCAGAAAAAGGAAGUCUCGCACUCAAGAUCUACAAGACAUCGAUCUUGGUCUUUAAAGACCGCGACCGCUAUGUCAGCGGAGAGUUCCGGUUUCGUCACGGCUAUGCCAAGCAUAAUCCACGCAAAAUGGUGCGGCUGUGGGCGGAAAAGGAAGCACGAAACCUCAAAAGGAUGGUGUCUGCCGGGCUGCGAGCUCCCGUGCCUGUCGAGUUGCGAGAUCAUGUGCUAGUGAUGCAGUUCCUGGGCGAUUCUGACGGGUGGGCCAGUCCGAGGCUCAAAGACGCCGAUGAGAUGAUUGGCGGCGAUCCGGAGGUGUGGGCGAGAUUGUACCGCGAGCUGCUCGCGAGUGUUAGGAUCAUGUACCACGAGUGCAGGCUCGUGCACGCCGAUCUUAGCGAGUACAACAUUCUGUAUCACGAGGGGCAUCUGUGGAUCAUCGACGUCUCCCAGUCGGUCGAGCACGAUCAUCCAAGAGCGUACGACUUCUUGCGCGCCGAUCUAGGACAUGUCGACGAGUAUUUCGCGAAGAGGGGGGUGCACACACUGGGACUGCGCAAGACGUUUGAAUUCGUCGUUAGCGAGCCGAAGGGAGAUGCUGCCAGGAAAGGCGGGAGGGCAGGUUUAGAGAAGCAGGAUGCGGAUUUCCACGAGGACGAUGCGCCGAAUCCGAAUGCCGAGCAUGAUGCGGAGCUGCAAGUGCAGCUCAGCGGUGCGUCAGCGGCAGCAGCAGCAGCAGCAGCAGCAGCGAAGGCCGACAAAGCUAGCCCUCUACCCUCGGAAGCGGUCGAGGUAGCACCACAAAGUAAAGUCAUUGGCGGAGGCGCAUGGUAUACUGGUCUCAACACUGCCAAUGGCCCUACCGCUUCUACAGCGGGUGCACCUGCAUCCCUCGUCACAGGCGAGAGCGAAGCAUCGCUCAUGGACACUCUCAAACACUUGAUGCAUCAGCUUUCUAUCGAACCCGAGACAACCGCCGCGGACACUACCACUGCCUCCAACACCGCUGCGGGAAAUUCUGCCGCGCACGGACAAGGUGAUGCCGAUGACGAUGAAGUAUUCAAGUCGACCUACAUCCCCUUCUCGCUGCACGAGGUCGAAGACCCGGAACGAGAGAUCGAGCUUCAAAAGAAGAAGAAGCCCUCGACUUCGCAGGAGGAAGGCUCCUUCUCGACUCUUCUACCCGCCGCUCAAUCUGGCCCUCCUGCCUCUUCCCGCACCACCGAUCACAUCGAUGACGAGGAAGGGCCCCAAUCCGACUCCGACAGCGACUCUGAUUCCGACUCGGACUCGGACCGCGACACCGACGAUGAGACGGCCAAACAACACCCAAAGGACGCCAAGUUGACCAAAGAGCAGGCCAAAUCGCUCAAGAAGCAAGCCAAGAAGGAGACGAAGGAGGCCAACCGCGAAAAGCGAAAGACUAAGAUGCCCAAGGCGGAAAAGAAGCGCAGGAUGAAGAAGAAUCACAAGUAG